CGCGCCGCAGGCCCCGUUCUCCCCCCAAUGUCCCUCCACGCUGUGAACUGGCCGCGUGGCGAUCCGGCCCCUCCAGCCGUGGCGGGGUCGCACGCAGCCCGCUGUUUCCCUAGCAACCCAGGGCGGCAGGUUUGCGACUGGGAGUUGGAGACGGGAUCGCCCUCCCUAAUCCUGGCGCGGCCGCCCCGGGUGCACAGGGCACCCGGAGCCCGGCGCGCGACGUUUCUUCGCCCCGGGGCCCGAGCACACCGGAGCCGCCUAGCGCCCCCCACCCACCCCGGAGGGAGAGACCGGGCCGCCGCGGCGAGCACGCCUGUGUCCCCUUGGCGCCCCGCGUCCCCUCCGCCCGGUCCGACCAGCUUCCUGCUUGCUCCGCCGGGACUUCCUCCCCUCAGGGCCCGGAGGCCACGGGGCGCCAGAGCCGGAGGCGGCGGCCCAGGGUCCCGGCCUGGGGGGCGGGGAGCAGAGGAGGAGACCCGGGGCCGGGUGGGAGGGGCCCCGGAAGGCCCGGGGCAGGGGUGUGGGAGGGGCCCCGGAGCGUCGCUGGCGAAGACUCCCCGCUGCCCCUCGCCUCUCACUCUCGGGCCCUCUCCGCGGACGCUCGCCACCAGCGCACCCGGAGGCCGGGCGCACGCCCUGCCUGAGCCCAGGAGCUGCGCAGUGCGUCUGCACGCCCGGCUCCGGAGGCGGCGCGGCCCCCGCGCGCGUCUGUGGAGCCGGGUUCCGGGACGGCGGAGCGGGCCGGAGUCCCGCGCACCCUCCGCGCCCCCGGCCCGCGUGCGGUGGCUGGCCGAGCGGGGCUUUGUGACGUCAGGCGGCCGGCGGCGUCACGCGCGGGCUGACCCGGCGGCGGCGGGCAGGCGGGGCGGCCGGGACGCGGGAGCAUGGAGCCGCGCGCCGGCUGCCGGCUGCCCGUGCGGGUGGAGCAGGUCGUCAAUGGCGCGCUGCUGGUCACCGUGAGCUACGGCCAGCGGAGCUUCGCGGGGAUCCUGCUGGACUGCACGAAAAAGUACGGCCUGUUCGGCCUGCCCCCGCCCACCCCGCUGUCCCAGGCCGACGGUGCCCCCGUCAACGGCUGCCAGGGCCCAGCCGCUGCGGAGGAGGACCCAGCGCCCAUGCAGCUGGGGGCGGGCCCCCCACCGCCGCCGCCGCCGCCGCCGCCUCCCUGCCCGGAGGAGCCCUUCCAGGCCCUGCUGACCCCGCUGCCCACCGGAGGCCUGUCCCUGCUCCAGCCGUAUUUCGAAGGCGCCCCCUUCCCACCGCCGCUCUGGCUGAGGAGCACCUACCAGCAGUGGGUGCCGCAGCCGCCGCCCCGGCCCAUCAAGAGGACCAGGAGGCGCCUGUCCCGCAGCGGCAGCCGGAACUCGGACUCGGGCCAGCUGACCCUGAGCCCCAUCUGCCUGCGGCCGCGGCGGGUGCUCUGCGAGAAGUGCAAGAGCACCCUGAACGCCCCCGAGGCCAGCCCCGCACCCUCGCCGGCCCCCCGGCCCCGCCGGAGACUGGGCAGCGGCGACCCGGACAGGGAGCCCCGCAAGCAGGGCAGCCGUGAGGGCAAGGGGGCCGCCGCCCCGGCCCCGGCCCCCGCCCCCGCCAGGAGGAGCAAGAGGGAGCGACGGGAGGAGGAGCCGGCGAAGGUCCCUCGCAGCCCUGCCAUCCGCAUCUCCUACAGCACGCCGCAGGGCGCCGGCGAGGUGGUGCAGAUUCCGCCCCGCGUGCACGGCUCGCUGGAGCCCUUCCAGCCCCCGCAGGCCCAGCGCGGCGCCCAGGAGCCCCGGGAGGCUCGGGACAGGCCGCCCGACGGCCCCUCCGCCCCCGUGCCCAAGCUGAAGCUGACGCGGCCUGUGCCCCCCAGCGCGGACCUGCUGCCCCCCAAGAUCCGCCUGAAGCCGCACCGCCUGGGGGCCGGCGCGCAGCAGCCGGUGUACAGGGCAGAGCUGGUGGAGGAGCUCAACGGCCUCGGGCGUGGCGCCCCGGCCCCCAAGCCCGCGCCCCCCACCCCCGCGCCCGCCCACAUCGUGCUGGUGGAGCUGUCCUCGGGAAGCUCCGGGGAGGAGGAGGACGAGGCCCCGCGGCGUCCCCAGGGCGACCGCGCCGGCUGCCCGGGGGCCACAGCCACCUCGGCCGGGGCGUCCGUGUGCAGCAGCGACAGCCCCGACGAGUCCAAAUCCUCCGGCUCCGAAGUGACGUCCCCGGACGCCUGCGACCCACCUGCCGGCGACGGCGGGUCUGCAGCCGCCGCCCCCACGCCGGCCGGGCCGACGGUCCCGCCCCUGACAGUCCGGCUGCACGCACAGAGCCUCUCCACGCGCGCCGCCGAGGACGGGAGGACCGUGGCCGUGGGGGACAUCGUGUGGGGUCACCGGUGAUGAGGACACUGCUGUUCUCCGGAUUGUUCGACUUCGGGGCGCCCCCCUCCUCCACGCCCCCAUUCUGCCUGAGGGACCCUGCGUGCCUUCCGGGGGGCCGCGCGCAGAACCGUGCCGGGCGCUCGGCGGCCGGCCUGGCCCCGGCUUCCCCGGAGGGGCGGCGUGUGCGGCUGGAAGGACGGAGCCCCGGGACCCGGUGCGUCCUGGCGGCCUCGCGUGUUUAUUCUCCCGACUCCGACAGCAGCUCUUCUGGGGAGGGCCGCCCCGCAGGCCCCGGGACAGGCGAUCGCUUCGAGCCCGCGGUGCGGCGGGGGGCCUGGGGGGGUCUCUGUGCCCUGGAGCAGCGGGGCGCCCUCCCGCUCACUGCAGAGCUGGGGCCCACCAGGUGCCCGGCGGUGCCCUCAAGGACAGGUGAGGCCGUCACCCUGGAAACAGACUUCACCUUCGGAAGGAGAGAGUGUGCUCCCUUUCCCGUCUCGUCGCUUUAAAGACCAGAAGAAACCGGGAAGAAGAAGAGCAUGAGCACUUCCCUUUCUGGGUUCUGCGUAAGGAGAACGCGGGGACGCCCUCCACGCGGAGGCCCCGCCGGUGCGGCCCCACCCCACCCCCGCCCCCACUGUGGACACUGGCCCCUGGCUGAGCAGGGACAGACGGUGGGUCUGAUUAAAAGG